UGUGCGUGACUGCCGGCGCGCGGCCAGAGCGAGAUCCGAGUCCGGCGGCACCUUCCAGACCCGCCAGGUUUGCAGGGGAGAAGCUGCCCAGAGCCCUCUAAGCUCCCUCCGACUCGGAUGUUGCUCUUCAGACCGACAGGGCUCCCCACCUGAAACAAGAUGCACGGAGAGACAUCGUGCGCCGUUUAACGUGUGUGCGCGCAUAAGUAUAUUUAGAUGCCCAUAAAGCAAUCGCAUCCAUGAAGCACCUCGUCAUGUUUUAUAACAAAAAAGAACACCAGUGGAAAAAGGAAAUUAAAGGCGAGAAGAAAGAAUCCAGGAAGGAUGUGAAAAAUGUCUCAAUCCGGUCGAUAAGAAAAGCCUCUUGAGAUGUCUUCUUUUGUUGCCUCGCUCAGAGAAAAUCCUUGAUUUGGAAAGUGUACUUAUAUAUGCAAGUGGGUCUUGUCUCUUGAGGUCAUCAUGAAUGGAAAAGGGUCAGAUCUCAAAUCAAUUUAAAACCAUUAAAGUAGCAAGGUACUAAUGAAAAACUAUUGCUAUUGCAUCAAGGAGAAGAUUAAAAUGGAUGGUCGCAGACAUUUUGCCGAGCCUUUGCCGUAAGAUAUGGGAGAAACAAAAAAGAACCUACUCUUAAAAUUCCUUUGUUGAAAAAGUAAACAAAGAGAACAGACUUAAGUCUUUCCGAAGAGAUUUCCUUUUUUAAAAUAAGACUGCUUCUGUCCAUUCUGAGAUCAUGAAAAGGCUUUGCAAAGGGAUAGUGUGUCAGGUGUUAUAACGGCGUGUCUACACUACAGAUAUAAAUGGGUUUAACAAUGAAUUCCUCUUCCCAGAGACCCCUGGAAACAGUGGUUCUGUCAACAGAUGCUCCCUAACAGAGAAACCUCAGUACUUUUGGCAAACUGCAGUUCCCAGGAUUCGGUGAGGAAAGCCAAGGCAAUGAAGCUGGUAUAAAAUGGAUAUAUUGGUGAUGUAGAACUGUCCUAAGUGUGCCUUUUUUCUAAGAGGUUAUCACCUGGAGAAACAAAGUUUAAUUUUCAGAAACAAAAAAUGCAAGUCCAAAGUAUGGAGGAGUCCGCUAAAGAAAUUCAGAGGGAGCGUAUGCAGCCGUUAGAAGAUCCAAAGAGAGAAAAAACCGUCCCUGCAAAUGAGGGCCCAACCGAAAAGGCCUCUGUCUUUUGCUUUAAGAAAAGGAAGAAGCCCUGUAUAGAGGGAAUAGACAAAAACGGGGACCGUGAAUCUGAAUCACUAAACCAGCAUUCCCGCACUGUGUUAAGCAGUGAGGCAGAGGAGUCAAAGCCAUCUUGGACAACUGGAGGUGCCUGGUUGGCCUUCAAACGUCUUGUAACUCUGAGGAGGCGUUCCAAAUCUGCGUUGAAGAAAGACCCACAGCUAGACUCCCGGGUGCAAGUGGAGACCCGUGUCGAAGAGUCUAGCUUUCCACAUUUGCCUAAGGAAAAGGCUAGUUCUGGGCUUAAAAUUCCCUGCCUCAGGUUCUCCAGACGCAAGAAGAGGUCUGGUCAUUCUGAAAUAACAGAGGAACUAGACCAGGGCGAGAAAACAAAUGAAACAACAAGCCUUUUGAAUAACAAAGCCCACAAUGAGCCCGAGCGCUUAACGGUGGACAACUCAGUGAGCAAUGUGCAGUCCUGUAGCAGAGCUCCUGAAGAGACUGAGGGUGGUGUGGAAAUUACCCAUGGAGACAUGAUUAUCUCCACAGGAGAGAACACACUGGCGGUGGAGAUGAGGCCAUGCGCUGAUCGAUACACAGACUGCCUCAUUCAGUCAGAAAUAAUCCAUUCUGAAACUGUGCUGGAAACUGAAGAGGAGAAGCAAAUCUUCCAGCUACAUCACGGAAGCCUGUAUGGAAGUCCUGAAGAGGCGGAGAAGAAGGUAAUGGACUUCACAGUUGAGAUAGGGCCUCUUGUUGUGUGUCAAGACCUGCCAGGAGAUGAAUCUGAAGUCUUCGAAGUACAAGAUACGAGUCCCAGGCACACCCAAGAGGUUGAGUUGGAAACAUCUGAAAGGAACAUUAAAAUUGGGGAAGAGACUAAUGAUGCCGGGGAAAGACAUUCUGUGGAGGUCCUCCUUCACUGUAGCCCGUCAACGUUGGCAGAUGAGGCUUUGAGCUUGCCAAACUGUUUUGCCGAGAAAGCAAAAUCUGAAGAAAAUAAAUUACCUCAUGGAGCGGGCAUUGUUAUUACUAUCACUGAAGCUGAAGAAUCCCAGGAUGAAGAGGAGCUCAGCCUGGCCUGUGAAUAUUUCCCGUUUCCCAAUACGAGCAAACAGAAAGGGAACAAAAAAUCAAGCAAAGGUGUCGAUUCUCGGGCGGGGAGCAGUGGUCGCAAGAAAGAAGGCGAAUCUGAUUCCCAGGUUCCCUCGCCCUUAGGCACCAACGAUCAAGAGUGCUGGACUGCGGAGCAACACGAGUCACUGCUGAUCGAAACGGCCGCUUCGCUUGUCAAGGCGGCCAUUCAGUCAUCCGUGGAACAACUUGUGAAUGAAAUGGCCUUGGAGCAGAAUAAGCAAAACAGUUUCCUCUGAUCGCAGAAGUUCUCUGGGUCUUCUGGACCGUUCCUGUCACGAGGUGACAUUAGGCAACUGCCUCACGUGUUGGAUUCUGAGUUCCAAUAAUGGGAGCAAAUUAUCUACUGAUUAGAUUGUUGCUGGUGGGGAGGGGAAUUUCUGCCUCAGGUGCUAAAAUUAAUCGGUCUGACCCUGCCAGUAUUUAUGCUGUAGGAAGAUUUAGGGAACUUGGCAUGAAAGAGCAGAAACGGCCGUAAUCUUUGGAUGUUUGCCGUAUCUGUCAGUAGCUUAAUUUUGCAUGUUAGUGAAAUGGAUGCAUUUUGUCUGUCCAAAAAUGGAAUUUAAGAAUGGGGGCUCAUUGCUGCAUGGUACCACAUGCUGAUGGUUUGUUCUGUACGGUAGAUUUAGGAAAGCCAGUUGCUUCCCCCCAUUCCCCUGACCAUCCAUUUAUUUUGCUUGCUGGAACCAUCCAAACCAUAGGCUGGUCUGCAUCAUCAAGUGGCUAGGCAGUCCUAAAUCGGAAUUGAAUUUUCGGGUCCUCCAAAGAUCAAACCGGGACUGAAAUGGACAGUAUCUGCUAUCCCUGUAGAAAGUGGCAUGAAAGCCCUGGAAGGGCUGAGAAGGCCUUGGAAGCGUUAGUUCAGCCAAGCAGCAGUUUGAUUUGGAGAAGUGCAGCCUUCCACAGUGUUAUUCUUUCAGGGUGUGCCGAAAUGAGUAAGAGUUUCUCCAACUGAGAAGAAAGACCUUGAUCCAGGAAACGGGGUCUGUGUGCAUAACCCUAAUCCUUCCACGUGCCUCUCCGUGCACAUUCUACAUGCUCCACCCAGGCCCUUUUGAAUCGGCUCUUGAUGCAGAUGGGAAUAUAUUCCUCCCCACCAAAACAUUUGGUAUCACCCGUUGCUUAUGCAUGUUCUACAGCACAGCCAGUGUACUUCAGAGGAAGUCCCUGGACCUUGCUUGGAGUAUAAAGCACUUAAUGUUGUCCCAAACCACCAGGGCAAGAGAAACAGAUGCUCGGAAUGGAGUGUUCCUUCACCCAGCAGCAUGUCCUGCAUUCCAGUUACAUAAACCAGCAGAGAUACUUAGAAAUGGAAGUGGUAAUCUGCAUAAGUUUGUAGGAGAGGAUUCUGGGUACUGUGUGGGGAUCUGCCUGGCGUACAGGCCCUAUAAGGAUAUGUUCGUGCCGUAAGGCCAAGGCUGUUUCUGGCCCCACCCUGGAGUCGGUAAUGUUAAUUAGGGUGGGCCAGAGGGGUCCCUGUUGCUGGCACAAUGAUCACAUCAUGUUCUGAGAGUUAAUAAAGUAACAUGGAAUGUAUGCAACUGUUUCCUUUUUGUUUUCUAAUACCUAGAUUUGUUUUCAGAAUCGUAGAUGAAAAGCCAUCUGUUGCCUUGCACAGAGGCUUAGUGAGGGCAGCAAGCCAGGCAGGCUGGUGACUUCAUAGCUUCUAAUUGGCUCUGAUGUUAUAGUUUUCCAUGUGUCAUGAAGUUUGUUUUGUUUAAA